UCACAAGUUUGCUUGGCUCUCUCUCUCUAACAUCGCCAUUUUUUUUAAUAAUAAUAUAUAAAGAAUAAAGAUUAUAUUUUUUAUUGCAAUGAGACCAAUUAUUAUGAUUGCAUGAGCUUGCAUAGGCUUGUGUGUGUUUUAAGUCAUAAAAAUCAUUUAUUACAAGGGUAUGAUUUUAUAAAUUCAAUGCAAUAAGUUAAAAUUUAUCAACCGGAAGUUUUUACAUUGACAAAAUAAAACGACAAUAUUCACUCCAAAUUGAUACAUAAAAUAAAUUUAUUUGAGAGAUACUCCAUUUAACAAACAGAAUGAAUCAAUCAAGAAAUUUUACGUCAUUAUUAAAUCCAACUUAUUUGCAAAAUGCACAAAGUGCAAAUAGUGCAAGUGCAGCGGCUGCUGCUGCUGCUGCUGCUGCAGCUGCUGUAUCAGCAGCAAUUGCAAAUGGUACAGCACUCAAUUCCAGUCAAUCUUCAUCAUCAUCAUCAGGAAAAAAACGUGAUCAUGAAGGUGAUAAAUAUGAAAAAGAAUCCAGAGAAGAAAGAAGAAAAAAACGUAAAUCAAGAUGGGGUGGUGAUGAGCAUGAUAAGACAUUUAUUCCUGGAAUGCCAACUGUUCUACCAACAAAUUUAACAGCUGAUCAAGAAAAAGCAUAUCUUUUUCAGCUGCAGAUUGAGGAAAUCAGCAGGAAAUUGAGGACUGGAGAUCUUGGAAUAUCGAUCAAUCCAGAAGAAAGAUCACCAUCACCAGAGCCAAUUUAUAGCAGUGAUGGAAAACGACUAAACACCAGAGAAUAUCGUACAAGACGUAAAUUGGAAGAAGAAAGACACAGUCUUAUACAACAAAUUAUGAAAAUAAAUCCUGAAUUUAAACCACCACCAGAUUACAAACCACCAAUAAUUCGUGUUAAUGACAAAGUCAUGAUACCACAAGAAGAACAUCCAGAUAUUAAUUUUGUUGGAUUACUCAUUGGACCACGUGGUAACACAUUAAAAUCUAUGGAAAAAGAGACUGGUGCAAAAAUAAUAAUACGUGGUAAAGGAUCAGUUAAAGAGGGCAAAGUUGGUCGUAAAGAUGGUCAACCAUUACCUGGUGAAGAUGAGCCAUUGCAUGCAUAUAUAACAGCUAAUAAUUUGGAAGCUGUUAAAAAAGCUGUUGAAAGAAUUCAUGAAAUAAUAAGACAAGGUGUUGAAGUACCAGAAGGACAAAAUGAUUUACGUCGUAAUCAAUUACGUGAGCUAGCAUUGUUAAAUGGUACAUUACGUGAAAAUGAUGGUCCACGUUGUACAAAUUGUGGUGCAUCUGAUCAUAAAUCAUGGCUGUGUCCAGAUAAGCCAAAUGUUACUAAUAAUAUUGUUUGCUCAAGCUGUGGUGGUGCUGGUCAUAUUGCACGUGAUUGUCGUUCAAAACGUCCUGGUCAAGGUGGUCCAGCAGCAGCGGCUGCAAUAGCAGCUGGUAAUGGUGGUGGUAAUGGUAAUGGUGGUGGUAGUGGUAUGGGUCCAGCUGGUGAUAAAGCUAAAAUUGAUGAAGAAUACAUGUCAUUAAUGGCUGAAUUGGGUGAAGGACCACCACCAGAUAGAUCAAAAACAAAUCAAUCUCGUUCAAAUCAAAGUACAAAUUAUCCUGGUUUAUUUGAUAGACAACAAGCACCAAGAGCAUUAAUGGCAGCACCAGCUCAUCCACCACAAAUGAUGCAAACAGGACAAAUGAUGGCACCACCAGGUAUGGCACCACCAUGGUCACAACAAGAUCCAAACAGUAUGAAUAACAUGAAUAACAUGAAUAACAUGAACAAUAUGAACAAUAUGAAUAACAUGAACAGCAUGAAUGGUAUGAACGGUAUGAAUGGCAUGAAUAAUAUGAAUAUGCAAUGGCAACAACAACCAGUUAGUAUGCCACCACCACCAGGUGUUAUGCAACCACCACCACCACCACCUGGAUCAACGCCAAAUCAACAAUCUGGUAAUAUACCACCAUUGAUGCCAUGGAUGACUGGUAAUCAACAACCACCACCACCACCUCCACCACCACCUGGACAAAUGCAACAAAAUCAAAUGGUACCACCUGGUAUGGGUAUACCACCAUGGCAACAGGCACAACAAAAUGCAAUGAGGCCACCACCACCUGGUACUGCACCACCACCAGGUUAUCCAGGAUGGCCACAACAACAGCAUAUGACUGCUUGGCCACCAGCUGCACCAGUUCCACCACCACCACAAUCACAGCAACAACAACAGCAACAACAAUCAAUGCCAGCACCACCUGGUAUUGAUUUAAAUUCAUUGCCAAAUUUACUUGCACCUCCACCACCACCACCUCCACCAACUAGUUAGUUUUAUUUUUCAAAAAAAUUUCUAUCAAAUGAAAUACUAUAGAAAUCAUUUAUUUUAUUUUAUUUUAUUUUAUUUCUCACUACAAUUUAUUUAAUCGUCAAAUGAAAAUAGACUUUAAUAACUAGAAUUAACAAAAAAUAAAUAAAUAAAUACACAACAAUAUUUAGUUUAUUGUGAAAUACAUAAAAUAAAAAUUAGCAAAAAAAUAAUUAUUUUAUUGGUAUAUAAAAAAAUUGAAAAUUCAAUUAAUUAUUCAUGUCAAGCUAAUUUAAAUAGUCGAUUUUUGCACGAUGACCAAUUUUUCAUUAUAUAUUGAAAAUAGGAUUUUAAGCUUGUUAUUAAUUAUUCAUUCAAUAAUUUUUUUUUUUUUUUUUUUUCAAUUGUAAAUUUGGCGCACAUUAUUUUAUUUAUUUAUUUUUGUCUGUACACACUGUGACUAUUAUUGACAUUAUUACAUGUCAUAAUAUUUUUUUCGAAAAAAAUUAAUUCUGUAGAAAAAAAGCGAUAAUUAUUAUUAACAAAAAUAUUCAUGAUUAUUUAGAUGAAAAAAAUUGAUUAGUGAAUAUUGUUUUUAUUAUAAAAAAAAAAUAUGAAUAAUUGAAUAAUGUUUUUUCUCAAUAAAUAAAUAGCAAUUUGACACAUUUUAAAUAAAAAUAGUAAAAAAAAUAAAAUAAUGAAAUAUAUAUAUAGGUAUAUUAUUAUAAUUAAAAUAAAUAGGAUGAAUUAAUAAUGAUGAUGAUGAUGAUUUGGCAAAUGAUAAAUGUAAUGUGUAAAUUGUACACAGUAUAAUAAAAAAAAAAUUAUGUUUAAAAA